AUGGCACCCAGCUUUGGCCGCUCCAUCUCAUUCCCCCUCAGCCCGGCGCGCGCCUCCAGGCCCCGCGCCGCCGCCUACCACGUCCGCUCCGUCUCCCUCCCAUGCAGCUCCCACCCGCUCCUCGCCCAUCUCUGCAACCACAUCACCGCCGUCCGCUCCUGGGUCGCCGCACCCUCCUCCCCAUCUACGGGGCUCGCCCACCUCGACGCGCUCCACGCCGCUCUGGCAGAGCUCCUGCUCCUCCCCGAAGCUCGCGCCGCGCUACACCACGGAUCCGCCACCGCAACAUGCCUCCUCGACGGCUUCCUCCUCCUCGCCGACGCGCACGGCGCGUUCCAGGAGACGGUCGUCGAGCUCCGGGCGCACGCGUCCGACGCGCAGGCCGCGCUCCGGCGCCGCGACGACGCCAGGCUCGCCUCGGCCGUGCGCUCACUCCGCCGCGCCGAGAAGGAUCUCGCACGCCUCGCCACCACCGUACGAUCCGCCGCCAAGUUCCCGACGAUGCCGUCGGCAUCCACCAGCUCGGCGGAGGUCGAGGUGUCCGGAGCACUCGUCGAGGCCGUGGCUGCCGCGGCGUGCGCGUCCGCUAACGUGUUCUCCGCGGUCGAGUCCGUGUCCUCUGCGGCCACAACCGCUCUGGCCUCCAAGAAGACCAUGGCUUCAUCAAUCAUGUCUCUCGUCAAGAGCGGCAAGCCCGCAUCCGACGACGAGAAGGAGGCGGCGGCACUGGAGAGUCUUGACGAGGUAGAGGCGUGCGUCGCCGUGAUUGAGGGCGCGAGCGACAAGGUGUUCAGGAGCAUCCUGCACACCAGGGUCGCGCUGCUCAACAUCCAGACUGAGACAUGCUGUUAA